UGAUAUCAACAAAUAGCGGCAAGAGGAAGAGCUAACACGCGGUCCGCGGGCAGCUAUUUUGUAUUCAAUUGAAUUUAAAUAAAUAACUGAAAAUGGUUCAAAAUAAGCAAAAAACUGCAAAGCCGCCAAAGGCCAUAAAAGCCAAAGUCAAGGAGACUGCAGCGCCCAAGGAGGAAAAUUGGCAAAAGGUGAAAAUCAAGGGCCACGUGAUAUCCGAUGAUUUUGGAGGCUACGAAGGAUUAAUUGGCCUGGAAGUGCUCAAAGACUACGAUGCGACGCUGGUCAAGUCCUCCCAGAAGAGGGUCAGUUCCAGGGAACGAGCAAAAGACCUGAAGCAGAAGGCGAAAAAGCGGAAACAGUCCAAGGGGAAAGGAGACGAUUCCAGCGAGAGUUCCAGCGAAUCGGAGAGCGAGGAUGAAGAGGUUACGGCAAAGUCUAGCAAAAAGGCUCGUUUGGCCGAAAGACAUGCCAAGAAAAUGCAGAAAGUUAAAGAGAAGAGGGAAAAGCGAAAGGAGUUACGGAAACAGAAAAAGGGAGAGCCCAAGGACGAUGCCAACAACGACGAUGACUCCGAUGAUGAGUAUGCUCCAGAUCGCUUUGCACUUCUCAGGCCACCACCCUCAGAUGAUGAAGAUGAAGCUGCCCAGCAGGAAGAUUCUGACGAUGAGGAAGUCCCAGAGUUAGUUUCAAUCUCUAAUGGCAAUGGGGUUGAUGUUUCCGCCUGGAACGGGUUGGGGGUACCAGCUCCUAUACUACGCGCCCUAGGCGAGCAAGGCUUCAGUGCUCCCACACAAAUCCAAGCCCUUACCCUGCCCGCUGCUAUCCAUGGCAAAAAGGACAUACUCGGAGCUGCUGAAACCGGCAGUGGUAAGACCCUGGCCUUUGGAAUACCCAUGCUGGCAGGGAUUAUGGAGCUAAAGCAGAGGAAUGUGAAAUCGGGCAUACGAAAGGCGCCAAAAACAAAAGGCGAAAAGCCAGUGGUGGAACCUGCCGACGACGAACACGAGUUGACACCCCCACCCGAAGAAUUGGACCACGUAUCCGGAGCCAGUGACGAGGAAAGCGACAUGGAGGAGCAUAACCAGCGAAUGCAGCGACCAUUAUACGGCCUUGUGCUGACACCUACCCGUGAGUUGGCCGUUCAGGUGAAGAAUCAUCUUGUGGCCGCCGCCAAGUAUACGGGCAUUCGUGUGGCAGCAAUUUUCGGAGGUCUAGCGGUGGCCAAGCAGGAGCGAGUGCUCCGUCAGUGCCCGGAAAUCGUUGUGGCCACUCCUGGCCGACUCUGGGAGCUGUACUGCCAGGGAAACCAGCAUCUGAGCAAAAUCGAAGAUGCAAGCUUUCUGGUGAUUGACGAAACGGAUAGGAUGGUGGAGAAGGGGCACUUUGAGGAGCUGAGGAGCCUGCUCAAGGUCCUCAACUCUGACGAGCAGAAGAAACAGCAGCGGCAGAACUUUGUCUACUCGGCCACCUUGACCCUAGUCCACGAUCUUCCCGAUCACAUGCAAAAGCGAAAUGUGGGCAAGCGACCCAAAUUUGUAAAGCAGACAGUGGACCAAAAGAUCGAAAGCCUGAUCGAGGAGCUGGGCAUUUCCCAACCCAAGAUUGUGGAUAUUACGAGUAGCCAGCAGACCGCCCAGACCCUCACCGAAAGUCGUCUACUAUGUCCACUGGAUCAGAAGGAUUACCACCUGUACUACUUCAUACAGCGCCAUCCAGGCCGUACCAUCGUCUUUUGCAAUUCCAUCGAUUGUGUUAAGCGCCUGGCCACUCUCUUCGGUCUGCUGGACUGCAAUCCUCUGCCCCUACACGCCAACAUGAUCCAGAAGCAGCGCCUAAAGAACCUGGAAAGAUUCCGAGACAGCCCCACUGGUCUGCUAAUAGCCACCGAUGUGGCAGCUCGGGGGUUGGACAUACCCAAUGUGGAGCAUGUGAUACACUAUCAAGUGCCCCGCACCAGUGAGAACUACGUCCACAGAUCGGGACGCACAGCUCGGGCCAACAAGCACGGCAUAACAGUGAUGUUUAUGGAGCCAGGAGAAGUCAAGAGCUAUGUUAAACUUUACAAAACUUUGGAGAGGACUGAGGAUCUCCCGCUUUUCCCCAUCUCGGAGCGCUUCCUGGGCGCUGUUAAGGAACGUGUCAACCUGGCCCGGGAUCUGGAUAAGGAGGAACUGAAGCUGAGACGCACUCAAAGCGAGCGUGGCUGGAUGAAGAAGCAUGCAGAGGAAAUGGACAUGAUCAUCGAUGGUUACAAUGAUGAGUCUGGCAGCGAUCAGGAUGAGGAUCCGUUUGUGAUAGAACGGCGGCGCAAUCGUCUGAGAGUGGAAACGGUUCGCGGUCAGCUACAGGCCCUGUUGGCCCAGCCAAUCUUCCCCAGGGGAUUCAGCUUCAAGUAUCCCAGCAGCGACGCCGCCCAGGUGACCACCAGUCACACUACAAGUGCCGUGGAGACCAUGAAGGCGGCUAUUGAAGAUCAGAAGCAGGCCAAAAAGGAUCGAAACAAACGCAAGCGAAAUGCCUAGGACAAGCUUAACACUAUUUUAAUGGAUCUAAUGUACAUCGUAAGGAAAAUAAAGCUACGAGUGGAUUUUAUCGUCAA